AUGAAACCAUUUGCUAUUCAUGUAAACCGAAGUCCAACUUGCCCAUUUGUUCUAUCGAUGUUACCGUCUCAGAACAUAGCUACAAGUUCAAUGGUCAACUUCAAUCAAAUUAUGUCAGUAUUAAACGAUGCAAAGCAACCACUUCAAAUGUCAGAAGUAAAUACAAAUAUUGUCAAUAAACAUUUGAACAUAUUUGUCGAAGUAGACAACAUUAAACAAGUGAGAAAACGUACAUUUUCACAUUGGCCACAUCGAUCAUCACUUUCCAGAUCACAAAUGAUAGAAGCUGGAUUUUUUAGUUGUAAUGUUGCUGAUCGUGUCAUAUGUAUUUAUUGCAAUAUUAUUUGUCAACAAUGGAUACCAAAUAGUGACAAUCCAUGUGAAAUACAUAAAAUACUCUCACCCAAAUGUCCUUAUGUUAUUGCUAUGUUGACUCGUUCUCAAACAUCAUCCAUUUCAGUCAUCAAUGAACAUUGUCACACUGAUCAAUCAUUAGCCUCAACUAGUAUCGAUCCAUUUCGAUGUAAUGCAAUUGUUUAUACUACAGCUUGUAAUACAGGAUAUAUUGAAAUACCAAAACGGCAUGCAUCUUUUGUCACUUGGCCAAAUGAAAAUUUACCAUCUAUUGAUGAUCUAGUCAAAGCUGGAUUCUUUUAUACUGGUACUAAAACUAUUGUGACUUGUUUUUAUUGCAAUGGUUCUUUACAAAACUGGAGUUCUAAUGAUAAUCCAAUGAUAGAACAUGUUCGUUGGUUUCCACAUUGUGCAUAUGCUAAACAAUUGUGUGGCAGUGAAUUGUAUCGAAAGAUUCAAGAAUCAAAACAAAUUCAACAAGGUUUUUUGUUUACUUAUUGA